CUCUCAACUGUGUGCUUCUCUGUGGAUCAGCUGCAGUGAUAUAAUUGGUCCCAACUAUCACAUGCAAGUGAAUGUCUGUGUUCAACACCAGGGUGCUGAGGUGAAGGACAAGAUUUUUAGCUGGUGCGAAAGAAAAAAAAAAGUGGCUGUCUAAGAUGGCCAGAAUCCCUUGCACACCCUUUCUUCUCAGGUCGGUAGUGUUCGCCCUUGGCUUCAUCGUGGUUGUCUUCAUUGCUUUCCAGUUGCCUGAGUUGAAAAUGGAUCACAAACUCAAAACAAUGUCAAAGUACAUCUCAAGUUUGGCAGCCACCCCGGAGCCAGCCACGAACAAGUGUGGGCUGCUCAAGCCGUGUCCCUUUGGACACCUUGCCUUCAAGAUGACGAGUGGGGCGGCCAAUGUGAUCGGGCCCCGGAUCUGCCUGGACGACAAACUGUUAAUGAGUACUGUGAUGAACAAUGUGGGAAGAGGAAUCAACAUCGCCCUGAUUGAUGGAAGAACGGGGGGAACUAUCAGGAGAAAGCAUUUCGAUAUGUUUUCAGGAGAUGUGGCUCAUUUAAUUGAAUUCCUGAAGAAAAUUGAAGAUGGGACGGUCGUAAUGAUGGCUUCGUUUGAUGAGCCCUCAGUUAAACUCAACGAUGAAGCCAGGAAAUUAAUUGCCGAUAUGGGCAGCUCAUACAUUCAUGAACUGGGCCCCAGGGAUAGCUGGGUCUUUGUAGGAGCGAAAUCAUUGAAGGACAAGAGUCCAUUUGAGCAGCAUUUAAAGAACGACCCAGUGAAUAACAAAUUUGACGGCUGGCCCGAGGUGGUGGGGAUGGAAGGCUGCUUACCGCAAAGAGAAGACUGAUAUCACCACUUUUGGAGUGGUAGGGGUGAAGAAAGUCCAUUUUGCACCUACAGUUUAAAACUUCAACAUCAACAGCAACAUCUCUUCAGAUACUAGGAGGAAAAGUGGAGCUGCUUGGAUCAUUUAGAGUAGGAAACUCUCAUGGCUUUAAAGUCUUUUUUUUUUUCUAUGCAUAGAAAGCAUAUUGGCUUGUAAUUUCAGCAUCGAUUAGAGGGGCAUAUCAUUUCUUACUGGCUUACUACAAUUUGUGAUAGAGUUGCAUUAUUGUACGGCUGAUGAUUUAUUUAAAAUAAACAGUUUCUUUAAUCCA